AGCGCCAAGGUGCACGCCAGGCAAGGGUUUUGCCAUUGACACACAUCCUCCCGUGGAGCCCUUUAAAUGUACAAAUCACACGGGCCUGAGGCAGGGAGGCGCUGAGCAGCCUCCGCUCCCGGGGCGGGGGGGGGUUGAGUUCAGCGCCUCCAGCGGACUGCCCCUUUCUGAAGGAGCGACGCUCAGCGGUUUAGACAGGGACAGGCAGCCCCCGCCGGGGAAGGGGGCGGGCUGCUGAGGCGGCGUUAAGCGGCGCCAUUUCAGCGCGCCCGGCGUAGGGGACGGCGCAGGAGAUGGUGUCCCACGUGUGGUGCCGGGUACUAUGCGCCGGGCUCUGCCCCGUGGCUCUGUGCCGCCUGCAGGGCUGGGGCAGCGCCGCCUUCUCCUCUCGCUCGCUGUCAUCAAGCACCAAUGAUGAGUUUCUAAAAGAAAAACGUGCUCAAAUCAUGUCUCGAGGACUUCCAAAACAAAAGCCAAUAGAAGGAGUUAAGCAGGUACUAGUUUUUGCUUCUGGAAAAGGGGGAGUUGGAAAAUCAACAACAGCAGUAAACAUAGCCCUUGCAUUAGCAGCACAUGAUUCGACAAAAGCAGUUGGUUUGCUUGAUGCAGAUGUAUAUGGCCCUUCAAUUCCAAAGAUGAUGAAUUUGAAAGGAAAUCCAGAAUUAUCACCAAAAAACUUUAUGAGACCCCUUAAGAACUAUGGCAUCGCAUGUAUGUCAAUGGGUUUCUUGGUAGAAGAGACUGCACCAGUUGUGUGGAGAGGACUCAUGGUAAUGUCAGCUAUAGAGAAAUUGUUGAGGCAGGUAGACUGGGGUCAACUGGACUACUUAGUAAUUGACAUGCCGCCUGGAACAGGAGACGUACAGUUAUCAGUCUCACAAAAUGUUCCAGUUACAGGGGCAGUGAUUGUUUCCACUCCACAAGACAUUGCUUUACUGGAUGCACGCAAAGGAGCUGAGAUGUUUCGAAAAGUCCGUGUGCCUGUUUUGGGGCUUGUGCAAAAUAUGAGUGUUUUCCAGUGCCCAAAAUGUAAACAUGAGACCCAUAUUUUUGGAGCUGAUGGUGUGAGAGGUCUAGCAAAAACUCUUGGACUAGAUGUUUUAGGAGACAUUCCAUUGAAUGUUAAUAUAAGAGAGACCUGUGAUGCCGGCCAGCCUAUUGUCAUCUCACAGCCUCAAAGUGACAUGGCCAAAGCCUAUCUAAGGAUAGCUACUGAAAUAGUAAAGAGAUUGCCAACUCCUCCAGCAUGACGUGCUCAUCUUGGGUACCUGUGAUCAGAACUUAACAGUAAAGUGACUCAAUGGUGUAAGCAGUGGUGGAACAAGCAGAAAUACAUAAGUCUAUGGAUUAUAUAUUGUAUUUGUAAGAAAAUUGUUUUGAAAUUUAGGAAACAAAGUUUGAAAGUAUCGUUAUUUUUUUUGUCAUGACAUCAUUUGGUUACAUUCAAAUGGAUUGAAGGAUUCAGAAGGAAAAUAGAUGGUACCUGACAUUUAUAUAUGGUCGUCCACUGCUGAUUUUUAAUAUCCUUGAACAACAAGGACAAAGUGUAUCAUUCAGCAAUGGAGUUUCCCUCAGUUUUAACAUGAAGGUUCAGCCUGUGGAAACUCCAGUCCCAGAAUACAAUGUACCAUCUUUGUCCAAGCAGCAAAACUCAAAAGUGGACCGUGGCAUGUUGAGGAUUAUAGGCACACAAGUGUAAUUUCCCCAAUCUGCAAUUUCCCCAAUUUAUGUACAUUUUUAUUCAGACCUUGGUGCUCUUGUUAAAUUGCCAACAUGGCCUUAAAUUGGGCAAAGCAUCAAGGACUUAAUUAGCCAGCUGAAAACUGUAAUUACCAUAUGUUUGUGUACAUCUCAACUUAAACCUCAAAAACAAUAUGAUAGAUCUGCAUAUUCUGUAAUGAUUUUUCCUAAUUCAAGAACAAAUUUCUUCCCUAUUGGAUUAUAUUGGGUUAUAAGGUAAUUUCCUACUUAUGGGAUAAUGGACUAUAUGACCUGUAGGCAAAUUACUUGCCUGCUUUGUGUUAUGUUGAACCCAUACAGAAAACUAGAUAACCGUACAUUAUAAACCGCAUAUCAUAUGUGAGCUCAAUUUGGCAUGGGAAGUCAAUUACAAAAAUAAAUUAAUUUUAUGACUGCAUAUAAGCAUGUGUUUCCAAAUCAAAAUAACAAUGCAGGAUCUGAAUGUAUACACGAAAGAUGUAACUAAAGAAGCAAACUAAGAUACGAUCUUCAAACUGAAGACUUCUUUUUGUUUUUUAUUGUCUUGUCCUAUGAUCCUUCUUUUUCUGUUGGUACAAUUUCUAUGGACGUAAAAAACAUGAUUCUGUAGCACAGGCUUCCAUUUACAAUUAGAAGUUUGAAUUUAUAUUCAGACUAUUUCACACCAUUCAUAUAGAGACUUUUGCCAUUGACUUCACUAGGGCCUGGAUUCCACCCUUUGUGUAUACCAUUGUUCCUGUCGCUUUUCUCCUCUUGAAAUAAUAUGACAUAAAAUAGAAUUUGGCAUUCUUUGAGCCUGGGAACACUUAAAACAUAUGCACUGAAAGUCAAAUUUAAAACUUUGCUUCAAAUUAUUAAUUGAAUCUCAGACUUUAGUGGAGUUUUGUAAAUAUGAAAAAUGACGGAUUUUUUUAACUUAGCUUUCAUUUCUGUACUUGAAAAAAGUGCAGAGAAGUAAAAUUGCUCUUCAGCUGUUUCAGUAGCCAUGUUAUUUCCAGCUUUUGGAUUGUACUUUUAUUCAAACAUAAGUAUCCAAUCAUUUGCAAUUGUCUAGUGAUAUAUUUUACAAAAAUUAAACACUUAAUGGUGUGCUUCCUCUUCUCACUUCAUUGGUAACUAUUUGCCUUGUUGGUUUGGUAAAAAGUUUUGCCUUUAUAUAGGCAUUUCUGAUGCACCCACCAUAGUAAUAUUAAUUUAUCUGCAUAUGUGUAUGUCUGUAAACAUUUGUAGGGCUCUCAUCAGCAUAGCACUGUAGGACAUGUUAACUCUCAGUGCGAAGCUCGGAUUUCCAAAGUUGUUUUUCAAGUUUAAAAAAGUCUGUCAGGCUUGCCAAAUUUAGUAUUCAUUAUCUUCACUCUUGAUGUUAGCAAGUUCGUGAGUGGCUAAUGACAUUUCCAGUUCAGGAUUAGGACUAUCAGAAUUCAAUUAAAGGGCUGUUUGUUUAUCUUUCGUGUUUCUCCACAUCCUGGGUUGGUCUGAGGGAUCAAGUUAGGUUUUUAUAAUGUCUUUUAUUUUUUUUUUUUCUUAAAAUAAAACGCUAGAUUUUA